CUGUGGUCCGAAGGCACCCCGCGCCCAUUGGCUGCACCCAGCCGCGCCUGGGCGGAUUGGAAAACAGCUGGUUGAAGCGCGGGGUUCCCGGAGCUGCGAGCCCGGUUUUCCUGGACCUCGGGGCUGCCUGGCAUCCUCAGGAAGAUCAAAAUGGAAGGCCUAUCUGAUGUUGCCUCUUUUUCAACUAAACUUCAAAACACUCUGAUCCAGUAUCAUAACAUUGAAGAAGAUAAAUGGCGAGUGGCCAAGAAAAUGAAAGAUGUCACAGUUUGGAGAAAACCCUCAGAAGAGUUUAAUGGGUAUCUGUACAAAGCCCAAGGUGUUAUGGAUGACAUUGUCAGUAAUGUAAUAGACCACAUACGCCCAGGGCCCAGCCGCUUGUUUUGGGAUCCGUUAAUGACUUCACUGGAUAUUUUGGAGCACUUGGAAGAGAAUUGCUGUGUGAUGCGUUACACCACUGCUGGUCAACUUUUGAAUAUUAUUUCCCCGAGAGAGUUUGUUGAUUUCUCCUAUACUGUGGGCUAUGAAGAAGGACUUUUAUCCUGUGGGGUGAGUCUCGACUGGAGUGAAACAAGGCCAGAAUUUGUCCGAGGCUAUAACCAUCCCUGCGGCUGGUUUUGUGUUCCGCUUAAAGACAGUCCAAGCCAGAGUCUUCUGACGGGCUAUAUUCAGACAGAUCUGCGCGGCAUGAUCCCUCAGUCCGCAGUGGAUACAGCAAUGGCCAGCACUUUAACCAACUUCUAUGGUGAUUUGCGGAAAGCUCUACGAAAGGCCUAAUACGUUCCACUGCCAGGGCUGAGGUCUGUUGAGUCUGUUCUUCCUUCCCUCAGCUGCAUGAUCUGUAAAUGUCUUCAGUCCUGUCAGCUGUGCAGCCCAGAGAAACAUGGGAGGUGUUUGGCUUCCGUGGUACAACCUCAUUUUCUAUGGAGAGUAAGUAGCUAUGUAAAUAGGGCAUUUCGGUUUUCUUAAGCAUUUGUUUGCACCUUGUUUGGUUGUGGAAGUCUGUGGAAAGGAUGAAAUACCAAGAUUUAGAUACAGGUCCUUUAGUGUAGUCUAUUCACAAAAGUGAAAUUACCUCAGGAUGAAGUAUUUGGCUGCUUGGAAAUUACGAAGUGUGCAACAUAUGACAACAUAUUUUA